UAAACCAAAGUCUAGUCAAUUCAACAUGCUAAAUAUUUAAUUAACACUAAAUAGAAAUCACACAUCGUGUAAUGGGGGGAAGUGAUUGAUUUUUGUAACCUUUUCAUUCGCUAAACUGUAAGUAACUUAGCCAUGUUAGCAAUGAAAUUAACUAUUUUAGAUCCCCUAGGCUAUAGAUAUUAGCUCAUGUAUGCCAAACAUCUUAAUUAAACUAUUCACAAUUAAGGGAACUUGAGUAAUCAGAGGAAACUAUGAAAGCCCCCCCCUCUAGUUAUAUCCAUUCAGUGGUGAUGAAAGACAGUUUAUUAGCAAUUGGAAGCAUGUUACAUGUGUAUCUAUAUGGAGAGGAAAUUAACAAUAGCCAUUGAGGAAUGAAAGUAGCUCGUGUUAUCGGCUGGAGUGGAACGAUGAUGCUUCUCCCUUUCAUAGAAAAUUAUAGUAUAUAGCGAGCAUUGGUUGAAGCAGAAGUUGAAACGAUUCUAUCUUUUAAUAUCAGACUCCCUUCUUCCAUGUAAUCAUAGGAGGAAGUUGGCAUCAGUUCUGAUUUCAGUGUUAAAUUGGAUUUAUUCAUGCAGUCACUAUUACCGUGAUGUGGAUUAUCAGGUUUUACAUAUAAAAGCGUGAAAUAAACAGUCACCAUGGACAAGGUUUACCUUAAAUACAAGGAGGCCAUGAUGAACCCAACCAGACUUAUGGAUGAACUAGGGAUAGAGUCAGAUGGGGUGGACUCCCUGGGAAUGGGGAUCAUUCGUAAGGAGGUAGACUUGACGAAUGAGGAGAAACAGUAUUUAUUAGCAGUUGAACGUGGAGAUGUACCAUCGACUCGACAGAUUUUACUACAGAGUUCUUCAAAUGGAAUUAAUAUCAAUUGUGUGGAUCCGUUAGGCCGUAGUGCUCUUCUUGUGGCUAUCGAAAAUGAGAAUAUUGAAAUGAUUGAACUUCUGUUACAAUAUAAUGUGGAAGUAGGAGAUUCUUUGUUACAUGCUAUUAAUGAGGAAAAUGUUGAGGCUGUGGAAUUAAUAUUGAAUCAUGAAGUUAAUACCAAAGGAGAAGAGGCCUUAAAUCAUCCGUGUCCCUCCACAUCAUUUACUCCAGAUAUAACACCUAUCAUAUUAGCAGGACACAGAGAUAAUUACGAAAUUAUAAAAAUUUUACUGGACAGGGGAUAUCGUAUACCAAAACCACAUGAUAUACGGUGUGAUUGUAAAGAUUGUAUUGCUGGCAAUAGUGACGACAGCUUACGGCAUUCGCGAUCUCGGAUAAAUGCAUACAAAGCUUUAGCUAGUCCUUCGUUGAUCGCUCUGUCAAGUAAAGAUCCCAUUUUAACAGCAUUUGAACUGUGCGCAGAGUUACGCAGAUUGAGCAAACUUGAAAAUGAAUUCAAAUUGGAUUACGAAAAACUCGGAUUAAAGUGUCAGGAUUUUGCUGUGGACUUGUUAGAUCAGACAAGGGGUUCCAGGGAACUGCAUAUCAUCUUAAAUCAUGACACGGCUUCUUCAACGGACGAAGGUGGAACAGAAAGACAGAAAUUAGCGCGUUUGAAAUUAGCCAUAAAAUAUAAACAGAAAAGGUUUGUUUCUCAUCCGAAUUGUCAACAACUUCUAGCAUCUUUAUGGUACGACGGACUACCAGGAUUCCGCAGGCGGAACAUUGUGUCCAAAAUAUGUAUUACCAUGUUUAUUGGUUUUAUGUUUCCUUUUCUAUCCAUAUUUUAUCUAAUCACACCGACCUGUUCACUUGGAAAACUUAUACGUAAACCUUUUAUCAAGUUCAUCAUACAUAGUGCAUCUUACCUAAUUUUUCUUUUUUUACUUAUUUUGGUAUCUCAGCGUGUAGAAUUUGUAACAGAUGUAAAUGCUAAGCGUUACAGUGAUGGAACAAAAGUUGAAUUACGAGGAUCAGGUGCUUCAUUAGUAGAAUGGAUGAUAUUAGCCUAUGUUGCUGGUUUAAUAUGGGCUGAGAUUAAACAGUUAUGGGAUGAAGGUGUGAGAGAAUAUGCACAAGAUAUGUGGAAUAUAUUAGACUUUACCACUAAUUCUUUAUAUAUAGCUACGUUUGUGAUGAGAGUAUUGGCUUACAUACAGAUUAAUUAUAUGGAGGAGAAUAAACUUUACCCACGUGACUUAGAACGAAGAUAUUGGGAUGCGUAUGAUCCAAAUUUAAUAGCAGAAGCCAUGUUUGCAGCAGCUAAUAUAUUCAGUUCGUUAAAACUUAUAUAUAUAUUUACUGUGAGUCCUCACCUCGGACCACUACAGAUCUCACUGGGUAGGAUGAUAAUGGACAUAAUGCGUUUUUGUAUGAUAUACUUUUUAUUGUUGUUCUCAUUCGGAUGUGGAUUAACUCAUCUGUACUGGUACUAUGCACAUUUACGCGCACAAGAAUGUUCAAACAAUAUAACAGAUUCGUGUGACCGCAAAUACAGAAGUUUUGCCAAUUUGUUUGAAAUUCUACAGAGUCUGUAUUGGUCUAUAUUUGGAUUGGUUGAUUUAGAACAUGCCGAGUUAAAAGAGUUUAAUCAUCAAUUUACAGAGUUAAUUGGCAAAUUGAUGUUCGGCUCCUAUUGUUUUAUUGCCUUAAUAGUUCUACUCAAUAUGUUAAUUGCCAUGAUGAGUAACUCUUACCAGAUUAUAUAUAGUUCAGCGGAUGAAGAGUGGAAAUUUGCUCGUUCAAAACUGUGGAUUAGUUAUUUUGAAGACAGCGGAACAUUACCCCCUCCGUUUAAUAUCAUUCCUAGCCCCAAAACAUUCUACUAUAUUUUAUGCUGGUUUAAAGACAAACUUUGCUCUUGUUCAAAACGGCAAAAACAUAAUAGAUGGCAGAGUAUUAAGAAAAUUGUGAAAAAAAUUAAUGAAAAAGAGAUAAGAUAUCAGGCUGUGAUGAGAGACCUUAUUAAAAGAUACAUCAUGCAGAAACAGCGAAAUCCUCAAAAGGGUGAAGGUGUCACCGAAGAUGAUAUUAACGAACUCAAGCAAGAUGUGUCAUCUUUCCGUUACGAACUUCUGGAAAUAUUACGCAAUAAUGGCAUGAAAACACCAAAUCCUAAUCAACCUAAACCCACAAAUCGAAGGCGGUUGUCCAAAAAAAGAUCGGCAAUGACUUUGGAUAGAAUGAAACGUUCUCUGUCCAUGGAACCUCUUGCUGAACUAGCAGGUGAAGCAAAACCAAAAUCUUGGAAAACAGAAUCUUUAAAAGAAGAGAAGAAAACUAAACCGGAUUCCUUCUCAAUUAAAGCAACUGUAAAUCACAUGCACGCAAGGUCGCUGAGUGAAAUUUCCAGCACUGCAAAUAUCCCGGCAACGAUUCCGGAAGAAAUAGAACGAAUACGGCGCGAAUCCUUACAAUUAGCUAAGGAAAAUGGUGAUAUCAUCAGCUUGGUAAUCAAAAACGAACCCGACACGGUUGUUGAUAAAACUAUGCCUCAAAAGAAAGACGAGGGACUGGGUGAAUCUUUCGACGGAAUGCCAGAACUAGUGGAGAAUACUGCCACACCGCGGACAGAAAAAAACCCCGAGGUUGUGAAAUCCUCGGCUGAAGCAUCGAUAUCCGCACAGGUAGCAGAGCAUAUACAAGAAUGUAAACGCGUUACAUUCAUGUAAAUACCUAGGUGGGGCCAUGGAUAGACCAAAUGAUACGGUGUUUUAGCAAAUAAGGUAUUAUAGGUAUUAUAUGCUUUUAAAUUAAAAAGAAAACACUGAUUUUCAUUUAAUAAUUAACCUAAAAAUGUGAAUGAAAUGGAAUCUAUACAUACUGUAUGUUUCUGUAGAUGAAUCUUUGGAUAAUUAUAAAGUAAAGAGUUCACUAUACAACUGAAAGUGUUCGAAGCUUUACAACUAUUUUUAUCUCCUUGGAACACAACAGAUGAUCUGAACAUUUCAUCUGGUCCUGUUGACUAUUAACACAGUCCUCUGUUGUUUGAUACGAUUUUUGCCUCCUUUCCUGGUCACAGUUACUGGAUUAUAUUCACUAAGCAUGGAUACGCUUGGAACUAUUUUUCAUAUAGAUGCGUUCAAUUCGUGUUUUUAGUGAAAGGAUCUGGAAGUGUCGGGUGUCAGUUCUUUCUAUAAUUUGUUGCUCAAUAGUGUGUGUUGUGUACUCGAGUGCUUGGAAAUGUACAAACGUAAGUUGGACCUUUCGAAAUGUUAAUUACAAUACGACAUUUGUUAUCCUAGAUAAUGCCUUUGUUGGUAAAAAUCUCCUUCGUACGGAAGUGUAUGUGUUAUGGAUAUCUGAAAUGGUGCCAUUCUUGAAUAUAUACAGAGCACAUGCAUAUUAGUACACUAUAAAGAGUGUUUAGUGUUAGCUAGAGUCAAAGGGUUAAACCCUCUUCAGAAGGAAGUGUAGUUUUAAUGAUUUUGAAAACCUUAAUUUAAAGGACAAAACAAAGUUGAUAUUAUGGGAUGUAUAAUUAUUAAUAUAUUUUUGUUCUGUUAUUUAAAGUGGUUUUGAUGUUAACAGCGUUAUUUGUAUUCGCAUAUGCUUCUUUUCGAUUAGUUCUCAUUGUGUUGGAACCUGAAUGAAUGUGAUUCGUUAAAACCUGUACAUAAACUUUUAAAGUGACCUUUCCACGAAUUUCAAUGUUUAUUCUUUGCUUAACUGUCAAAACCUAAUUUCUUAUAGCUUUACUUUUAGCAUUUUUUCUCGAAUUCUUGGUGCCAAAUAUAUUGGGAGUCAAUUUCUUUGUAUUAUAUAGUGUUUCAUUAUGAACCUUUGUACCUUGUGCUCGGCAUAGUACCUCAGUCUGUGAUGGUUUUGUUUAAAUAUGCCGUCUUCAUUAGCCCAGUAUAGGAGCAGAACAGUAGGACGUUAAACCCCAUUUCAUUUCAUUUCAUGCUUAAAUAUGAAUAUAUUGUUACGUGGCAAGGAGUAGGGUCGCCUAUCCAAGCUCGUGGGUCUUCUCCGGGUUCUCCGGUUUCCUCCCACUGCUAAAGACCCCUAAGCGCAAGCGAAUUAUUGGAAUAAAAUUGAACCAUAUGUUAGUCCCGAAAUGACCUAGUUUGUGUCAAGUGGACGUUAAAUCCCCUCUAUCUCUCUCUCUCUCUCUCUCUCUCUCUCUCUCUGUGUGUUAGUAUUUAUAUAUUGUAGAUUAAACAGCAAUUAAGCUAUUGAUCAAUUGGACCUGUAACAUUGGGCUCAAUUAUGUGGCUGCUUAGAUGAACCUGACAGUAUUAUCACUUUAAGAAGUAGAUUGCGACUGAGAAGUCGUGGUUGGUUGGAGGGUGGGGGGAGUCUGGCAAAGAUGACAGAAAGGAAUAUAGCGAAGACAGCAGCUUGGAGUUUGAUCUUACUGGGGGUCGAACCGCAUGCGCUUUAGGCCACCAGGUAUGGCAAUGAAGAAAUUUGCCCGGUUUAGAUUCCCAGCUUGUGCGUGGUGACGACACUGCUGAAGACCAAUACGCGCAAGCGAAUUAUUGAAAAAUAAUUGAACCAUAUGUUAGACCCGAAUGGCCUAGUUUGGUUUGAGUGGACGCUAUACCCCAUUGCUCUCUCACUAACCAGGGAGUCCCGUGUUCGAUGCCUAUGUAGAACGUUAAACCCCAUUUCAUUUCAUUUCUCUCAUCACAUCAGUAUCUAUAAUACGCUAAUUAAAACUUAAAAUGGUGUGGGAUCUGUGCAUGCAGUCAUAAAAACUAAAAUAUAUAUAUAUAAAUAUGUAUUUAAAUCAGAUUUGUUAUUGUAGAUUUAUUUAUUUGGCUAGAUAUUCUCCCGAAUUUCUUGCAUAUAU